CGCUCGAAAAUGGGGUUGAAACGGCGGCGCAACAAAACAGGGCAUCGAUGAAGUUAUUAAUUCGUUUGUAAGGGAGGGUGUCGAAGAAAAUGAUGACCGCCAUGGCUAGAUUGCCUUGCAAGCAGACUUCGCCUUCGCAGCAGCCGCGGGUGAAUAAUUUCGGGAACAGUCGAAAUGCCUACUGGAACAUGCAACCUAGGCAUCCAGCACCUCCUUAUGUGAGGAAUCAUCAACGGCACACAGACCAUACCGGUAAGCGGAAGAGCGCGGUGGAACUGCUCCAGGAGACGAAGGCGUUCUACGUGAAGAGCGAGACCGUGCUGGACCGGAAGCAGGAGCUGAAGAACAGCGGUCAUCUUCAGGUGUCGCAGCUGAGCGCUCCGAGCGCGCCACCUAGGCUGCUGAGAAAAUGCGGGAACACGUCGACCUGUCCGAUGCAACCGACGUCGCCGUCGCAGCUGCCACCUGCUUCGAUGACGCCACCAUGUUGCUGGGCAUCGUGCCACGAGCAGGACAGGCCGGACGGAAUUCUGAGUCCUCAACAAACACUGCCAUCCGCACUGCCACCGAAGAGUCCGCGCCUGGUUCCUGUUCCGCAGCGCCGCACGAUUUCAGGGCCACCGAGUAGCACCGGUGGAGAUCAGCUGCAGACGAAAUUACGUCGAUUGCUGAACACCGAUAGCAAGGAGAACGUCUUUUUCCCGGACAGCCCGACGCAAACGAUCGUCCAGGCGAAUGGCAUCCCUCAAGAAGAAAAAUUCCGAUACUCUCCUGGAAGCCUGUCGCCUAACUUCCGUGAGGAGGAUCGCGUGAAGAUCGGUGUUAUGCAUAUUGUUCGUGUUCGAAAGAAGAUCGACAUGAGUCGUAAUUGGCAUUGUACACAAGAUGUUCGCUUCAAGUUUGGCCGGAGCAACUCGCACUCGCAUACAUCCGGAAGAACAGGAAGGAAGUCCACCAGCUCACAGUCGGUGGAGAAUACCGUCUGUCACAAAUCUUUGCCUGACCUCCAUACUAGCACGCGACGACCGGCAUCUCUGUCGCCACGUGCAUCGACCAAGUCAUCUAAGCCAUCCGGUCAUCAUCAAUCCUCGAGCAAUUAUCCAGAUUGUGAAACUAGUUCGGACUAUUCAGUGCAUAGUUUUCAACGCGACGUAAUGUGUUGUCGCAGUUAUUACUAUUCCAGUUUUAGACACAUCAGACAUUCGUUAGGUUCAGUUGGUAGUGGUGCUAGUAGCGUGUUAUCUGCCGGUGGACGAACGCAGAAGUCAUCAGGUUCUAGCAAGUUAAGCCAUGGGGCAACUCCGAGAGAUUCUGGUGGAUCGUCUGGACACUGUACACCUCGUAGUGAACCUCCUCCUGUAAUACAGGAUUGUUGGAGUCAUAUGCGCCGUGACAGCGGUGCAUCUACUCAACACUCGACGGAAAAAGAUCGUUUAAGAAGAGGUAGUUACGUUAACGGUACCCCACCAUCUGUUGUAAGACUCUACAGUCCGGAUUCUGAGAGCAGCAACAGUCAGACGGAUUAUAGCCCGACAUGCAAUUCAAGGUACAUGCUGAAAUUUGGACAAAUUCAUGCAACCAUCAAAGAAGAUCAAAGAUAUUUUAUGUUUUCUGACGGCUGGAAAGAAGGUCGCGGACGACCAAUUCUAAGAUCUAAAUCAGACAUUAGCGAUCGUUAUUGGCGUCAGGAUAAUGGUCGAUCCAAUAAAGUACCUGCACGACCCCCUCGGUCGAUCACUCAGCUCGAAAAUUUCUUCGACUGUUUAGGUCUCGAUUCGGACAAUUAUCAGCGUAUCACGAAACCAGAUUCAAAAUCGUCGUCUCCUGUAUUUUUCGAUAGCGUUAGCUCAGUCGAUUCAGCGGGAGGUCUAUACUCUUGGGCUGGUAAUAACCAAACGAAUCACAGUAGUCAAUGGCAGAACAAUGAUGGUAAUGUCGGUAUGGGUAACGACGACUCUAACCAGAGGGUUAAUGACCCACCGAGCAUCGUGGAGCGUAAUGCUCGAAUAAUUAAAUGGCUCUGUCAGUGCCGAAAAGUGCAGUUUGGAUUUAGUUAAGCGAUGAGUUUUGGAAGAGGACAAUCGAUUCUUCAGUCUCAAUAACACGCAUUCAAGUCAACGAAAGUAGAGUUUCUCAUCUUGC